AUGUUCAACCAACUCUUUUCUCCAGAGUCUGUGCGGCUUGUGGAUGGAGCUGGUCUCUGCUCUGGGAGAGUGGAGGUGAAGUCCUAUCAGUCCUGGGCCUCAGUGUGUGAAGCUGACUUUGACCGGCAGGAUGCAGAGGUAGUCUGUAGGGAUGUUGGCUGUGGGGCUCCUGUAGCUCUACAGGGGGGGCUCUAUGGAGAAGGUGGGGGUCAGACCUGGGAUAAAGAGUUCCAGUGUAAAGGCAAAGAGUCCCUUCUCCUGGACUGUGACACCUCAGACAGAGAGAACAACACCUGCCUACCUGGUAAUGCUGUUGGACUCACCUGCUCAGAGCCUGAUGAUGUGAGGCUGGUGGGAGGAGGCAGUCGCUGUGCUGGUGGAGUGGAGUGGUACAACCAGGGAGAGUGGAGGACUUCCUCGACAGUGUCAUCAACAAAACUGAUUGAAUGUUCAACCAACUCUUUUUAUCCAGAGUCUGUGCGGCUUGUGGAUGGAGCUGGUCUCUGCUCUGGGAGAGUGGAGGUGAAGUCCAAUCAGUCCUGGGCCUCAGUGUGUGAAGCUGACUUUGACCGGCAGGAUGCAGAGGUAGUCUGUAGGGAGUUUGGCUGUGGGGCUCCUGCAGCUCUACAGGGGGGGCUCUAUGGAGAAGGUGGGGGUCAGACCUGGGAUAAAGAGUUCCAGUGUAAAGGCAAAGAGUCCCUUCUCCUGGACUGUGACACCUCAGACAGAAAAAACAACACCUGCCUACCUGGUAAUGCUGUUGGACUCACCUGCUCAGAGCCUGAUGAUGUGAGGCUGGUGGGAGGAGGCAGUCGCUGUGCUGGUGGAGUGGAGUGGUACGACCAGGGAGAGUGGAGGACUGUGGGAGCUGACUGGGAGCAGGAGGAUGUAGCUGCAGUAGUGUGUAGACAGCUGGGUUGUGGUUCCACUGUUUCAGUACUUCCUGGAAACACCACUAGAGGGUUUAGAGUUAUCUGUUCUGGGUCUGAGCCUUCACUGAGGGAGUGUAGAAGAAUGUAUUAUCUCCCUCCUGAACUCACAGUGAUCUGCUCAGAUCUCCUGGUCCAGCCUGAUAUCUUCCUGACUGACCCAAUGGGAGGGGUCUUCAGGGGCCACCAGGGGCCCGAGAUGUUCAGGGGCUACAACUUCACCAUCACCUGCUCCACUCAGCCACAGUACCCAGGAGGCUCCUUCCUCCUCACGUUCACCGGCUCCAACAGAACCCAGAUCCAGCCAGCUGUCAAUCACUCUGCUGCCUUCCUCUUCCCUGCUGCAGAUGACUCCCACCAAGGGAACUACAGAUGUGUUUAUGACAAUUAUGUUUUCUCUCAUAACUUCUCCUCUGAGAGUGAGCUCCUCUCCCUCGCCAUCACAGCCUCUCCUCUGCCAGCCUUCAUCAUCAGACACGUUGUAGUGCUGCUGAUCCUACUGACAGCCAUCACCACCUCCUACCUGUACUACAAGCCCACCAGGAGGCAGAAGAGAGUGAACAGGGUGAGCAGAAUGGAUCUUUAUGUCAAUGACAUGGAGAUGGUCUCUCUGAGCUCCAGAGCUGAAGCUGGACCGGGAGAGGAGAGAGCAGCCCAGGGGACGGAGUAGGAGUAGAAUGAAGCUGACCCUACAUGCUGAUCUUAGGUCAGUUUUGUGUUUUAAGUCGAUGGUCAGCUGUGUACUGGUGUUUAAAAUGUGGUGACAAACCUGAAGUGGUUCUAAUUUUAAUAACAAGUUCAGAAUUAGUUUAUCUUUCUGGAACCUUGGAAGAAAUCUAAAAGGAGUGACUGCAACCACCAUUAUUCAUUUAGUUUGGUUUUUACCACCAGGGUAACAUGGGGUUCAGGGUAACAUGGGGUUUUGGGUAACAUGGGGUUUUGGGGUAACAUGGGGUUUUGGGUAACAUGGGGUUCUGGGUAACAUGGGGUUCUGGGUAACAUGGG